CGACUAACAGAUCUCUGCUUUUUUUUUUUUUUUUCUGUGCCCCUGUGAUGCCCUUGAUCUUACCAAAUUGAUGAAUUCAUGCUUCAACAAAAGUUAUCUAUUUCGACCAAUCAAUCGUAAUAGUCAUAUAGCUGUUUUGUCCGUCAAAAUUGUCUCUGGAGUACCAACAAAUAGCUGUUUCAUAAAAGUAUGGGAUUCUCGCUCAUUGCGUUUAGCAUCAUCGUUGGCGACUGCUCGGCAAAGUGUUGUUUCCUAUAAGGUAGAUGAGCCUCGCAAACCAAAGAAGAAGGUAGCUCUUUUUUUAGGAUAUAAUGGAACGCCGUAUCAAGGAAUGCAAAUUAACCCUGCCGCGCAUACUGUGGAGGGUGUGUUAUUCAAGGCAUUAUGUGCAGCAGGAGCUGUGUCGAAAUCUAAUUCUGUGGAUCCUAAGAAAGUACAGCUUCAGCGGGCUGCUCGUACAGAUAAAGGUGUUCACGCUGCUUGUAACGUUGUCUCGCUCAAAAUGAUUGGAUAUGAUGACAAACAGAUGAUCAACAGAAUAAAUGCUGCCUUGCUAUCUGACCCUAUCCGUGUAUGGGGCUACGUAGAAACGCAACGUAGCUUUAGUGCAAAAAAUUCAUGUGGAUCACGCAUUUACGAAUAUAUGUUACCAUCUUAUGCACUGAAAUGCUUAGAGCCUAUUCGAACAUUGAAGAACACCAAGAUAACUCUGAAUCCGUCAAUAUAUCAUUCCGACUUUAUACCGCUACCGAGUAGCAAUGAGGAACUCGAGAAUCGACAAGAAACGCCGUCAAUGAGAUAUGUCAAAUUGAUAGAUACAGAGAAAUUGAGAAGUUACCGGAUUGAUACUGAGCGGUUAGAGAGAUUCGAAGCAGCAUUAUCACUGUACAAAGGCACGCAUAACUUUCACAAUUACACAAAUGGAAAGGCGUUCGAAGAUAUGUCCGCCAAUAGACAUAUCAUUAGCGUUGAGGUUAAUGGGCCUAAGCUUAUCAGUGGCAUGGAAUGGUUAAGUGUGAAACUUCAUGGCAAUUCUUUUAUGAUCCAUCAGAUUAGAAAAAUGAUAGCAAUGGCUGUCUUGUGCACGCGAGCAAAUUCUCCGUUGACAAUUAUACCAAAAUCCUUCGAGUCAACAAAGAUCAAUAUUCCUAAAGCUCCUUCUUCAGGGUUAUUGCUGGAUAGACCUGAUUUCAUGGCCUAUAACAAUUUAAUUAUGCUACGACAAAAAGAAGGUACAACUACCAAAAAUAUUCUGAGCUUUGAUGUACACCAAAAGGAAAUUGAAGCAUUCAAGGAACAGUUCCUAUAUCCUCAUAUUGUUAAAACCGAAAUAGCUGAGCGUGUGUUUGACACCUUUCUUGCAUCUACAGAACCUUAUUUGGACACAAAUUACGGAUACUUCCUAUCAGGCAAAAGUUAGACCCUGCUUUUGGUCUUGUUGUUUAACGGACGUCUUCUCUAUAUAAGGUACUGAUGCAAUAUUCGUUGAAAAUAGUAGUCGCUUGUACCUAAUAAAAGCAAAAGAGAUAGUAUUUUUCUGGUCCAAUAAUAUAUGCUAGACUGUACUUAUUUGCUUUAGAACUUACUUAUCUGUAGUUAGCAAUUUACAACAAAAUCCAAAUAUUUUACGAUCUAUUCGUGUUCAAUGUCGUCCCUCUCUUAUAAACUGGUUACAUAAACCGAGCAGUUGCUAACUAAAGUAUCAUUCUCAAAUGCAUUAAUGAGCGCUAGACAAUACCUAGAUAUUUCUUCAGCUGGUAAACCUAUGAAACUGAAGCGCAACUAGUAUGUAGUGCAUAAAGUAUAAAUUCAUCAACAACGAAUAUCAUGAGCCCAAAUCUUUUCUCUCCUCAAUUAAUUAUCAUAAAAAAGG